AUGUCUAACAAACGUAAUGAAGUUCGCUAUGAUGUUCCGGACAUUGUUGUUGAUCCAGGGACCAAAAAACGUUAUCGAAAGGGCAAGUUUUUGGGUCGGGGAGGAUUUGCUCGGUGCUAUGAGCUUACUGAAAUUCCCUCGGAAAAGAUUUAUGCUGGUAAAGUUAUUGCCAAAAGUCAAAUCAAGAAUUCGGAUCAAAAGCAGAAGAUGAGUCAAGAAAUUGAAAUCCACCGUAGCAUUAGCCAUAAACACAUUGUAGCUUUCCACACUUAUUUCGAGGAUCCCAAUUACAUCUAUAUCAUUCUCGAACUGUGCAGUAAAAGAUCACUCAUGGAAAUGCACAAAAGAAGAAAAGUUUUCACCGAACCUGAGGUUCGAUACAUUGUGACGCAAAUAGCUCUUGCCUGUCAAUAUCUUCACACGAAUAAGAUAGUUCAUCGUGAUUUGAAAUUAGGUAACCUCUUCCUUAAUGAAGACAUGGAUGUUAAAGUUGGAGAUUUCGGUCUGGCUACCAAAAUUUCAAACGAAAAAGACAGAAAGUUGACACUAUGCGGCACCCCUAAUUACAUCGCUCCAGAGGUUCUAAUGAAGAAAGGUCAUGGAUUUGAAGUUGACGUUUGGUCUCUAGGCUGUAUCGUUUAUACUUUGUUUGUUGGUAAACCACCAUUCGAAACUAAUGAUCUCAAAGAUACGUACAAAAAAAUCAAAAACAACGAUUAUGAGAUACCUAAUUAUGUUCCCGAGGAUGCCCGUGAUUUCAUUCGUCAAAUGCUCAAAGCUGAUCCUAGUGAGCGUCCAUGGAUGAUUGAUAUUUUGAAUGAUCCUUAUUUGACGAAAAAUUAUGUACCUUCAAGGCUGCCUUUAUCAUGUCUCACCACGGCUCCUCGUUACAAUAACGGACGCCUUUCAAUCAUGCCAACAGAGUUUUAUGGCUCUUCGAGGAGACCUUUGGGAGAGAAAAAUACUGAAGUGCCAGCGGUCAAAAUCAACAUUGAGAAUGCGAUGGAGAACAAAGCACCAACUGCUCCCGACAAACCGGCUACUAACGGUCAAAACAAUAAUAAUCAAGCUGCACAGAAUUAUGCUAAUAAUGCUCAUCAAGCAAAUCAACUGCCGAAACCUAACGGUGCUGCCGUCUUCUCCAAGGAUUACAACUUGAAAGAGUUGAGUGAACAAUUGCAUAUAGUUGUAGCUGCUCGUGCCGGUGAAAAGGAAGAAGGUGUACCAGAUGAUGCCGAGGAUCCAGCCGCAACGCCACUUGUGUGGAUCAGUAAAUGGGUUGAUUAUACUGAUCGUUAUGGCAUAGGAUAUCAGUUAUGUGACAAUUCGGUUGGAAUAUUGUUCAAUGAUAUUACUAGACUUGUUUUGCUAGCUGAUGGAGUGAACCUUCAAUAUAUUGAACGAGAUGGAACUGAAUACUAUCUUACCCUCGAUUGUUACCCAACUGAUCUGUUGAAGAAGAAAAUCACUUUACUCAAAUAUUUCCGUAAUUAUAUGAACGAGCAUCUACUUAAAUGUGGAGAUAAAAAAAUUGAUCUUGAAGAAAAAGAUGAACUAACCAGAUUACCUUACCUAAACAAUUGGUUCCGAACAAGGAAUGCUAUAAUCUUCCAUUUAACAAACGGAACCGUUCAAGUAAGUAAAAUAUACGCUUAUUGGUGA